AUGACGCUCAGCAUCAUCGAUUGGGACGCUCUCGCGAUGAUUGUGUACCUUAGCAUGCUCUUGACCGCGAUUCUAUGGAUACGACGUCCGCCGGGUGAGGAAGGCGAAGCAUGGUCCGAUGAGGAUUCCUUGCUAGAGACCGUAGAGGUGGAGGAUCUUGAAGAUGUCGGCGCCUUCGAGAGAUACGAUACACUUGGGGGCGUGCUAUGCGAUGCAUUUAGCGUCGAUAUGGUUGUCGCGCGCGACGACGUACGGUCUGCACGCAAGGAAAAGUGUGUGUGUAGCGACAGCGCGGAGUAUGUGGCGAAGGCCCUGGACUUGAAGCUGAACCUGAGGGUCUGCACCGCGCGCAGCUUGCAGGUAGCCAAGACCCCUACUACGAUGGACAAUUGCUCUGCGAUGACGCGUCGGCAAGCCAUGUUCUGA